CUCUUUCAGUAGGAGUAAUGCUCGUUGACCCGAGGCCAAAUCUCCGGAAUAAAAACAUGUGCGUGUUUUGGAGUUUCGAUAUAGUUAAAAGUUUUUGAGAACAUAUACGUUCGUUUUGCAUCUUAUGUUUAACUCCAUACAAUUUGCACGCAAUGGAGACGAGAUGGGAUGAACUGGAUACAAAGCUAAGCCCGCCAAUUCUAAAUGCAAUAAAUGAUUUGGGGUUUAGUUUUAUGACACCUGUGCAAGCGGCCUGCAUCCCCCUGCUGCUGAAGAACAAAGACGUGGCCGCGGAGGCCGUGACGGGCAGCGGCAAGACGCUGGCGUUCGUGGUCCCUCUGCUGGAGAUCCUGCAGAGGCGCGCGGAGCCGCUGAAGCCCCACGAGGUGGGUGCGAUCAUCGUGUCGCCCACGCGCGAGCUGGCGGCACAGACCAGCGAGGUGCUGACGCACUUCCUGCGCGGCCUGCCGUGGUCGCAGCUGCUGCUGGUGGGCGGCCGCAGCGUGGCCCAGGACGUGGCCGACCUGCGAGCCAAUGGGGCCAACAUCCUGGUGGCCACGCCGGGCCGGCUGGAGGACCUGCUCGAGAGGAAGCACGACCUCAACCUGCCGGCCGCGGUCAAGUCCCUGGAGCUGCUGGUGCUGGACGAGGCAGACCGGCUGCUCGACCUGGGCUUCGAGAAGUCGCUCUCCACCAUCCUGAGCUACCUGCCCAAGCAGCGUCGCACGGGCCUGUUCUCCGCCACGCAGACCAAGGAGGUGGCUCUGCUGGUGCGAGCCGGCCUGCGCAACCCUGUCUUCGUGGGCGUCAAGGAGAAGACCAGCCCGUCGAACACAGAGGUCGUGUCGACCCCCUCCACGCUGAGCAACUACUACAUGAUGUGUGAGCCGGACCAAAAGCUGGCAACGCUGGUCUCCUUCCUCAAGUCGCAGCCAGCCAUGCAAAAGUACAUGAUCUUCUUGUCGACGUGCGCUUGCGUGGAAUACUUCACCGUCAUCCUACAAACGUUGCUGACAGGCGUGCAGGUAUUCGCCAUCCACGGCAAGAUGAAGAAGAAGAGAGUCCAGGUGUUCGAUUCCUUCAGAGCAGCUGACUCCGGCGUGCUGCUGUGCACGGACGUGAUGGCGCGCGGCGUGGACAUCCCGGAGGUGCACUGGGUGGUGCAGUACGACCCCCCCUCCUCGGCCGCGGCCUUCGUGCACCGCUGCGGCCGCACCGCCCGGAUCGGCAACGAGGGCUCGGCUCUGGUGCUGCUCCUGCCCUCUGAGGACGCCUACACCGACUUCCUGCACCGCAACCAGAAGGUGAGACUGGAGAGGCUGGAAGCACCGGCGCCGGCCGCCAACGUCCUGUCCCGCGCACGCAGGCUGCAACUGCAGGACCGCGCGGUCGCAGACAAGGCCACGCAGGCGUUCGUGUCCUACGUGCAGGCGUACGCCAAGCACGAGUGCAACAUCAUCCUCCGGCUCAAAGAUCUGGACCUGGGGAAGCUGGCCACCGGCUUCUGCCUGCUGAAGCUGCCCAAGAUGCCGGAGCUGCGGGGCAGAGACACCGCGUGCUUCCAGCCGGUCGACGUGGACCUCAACGACGUGGCCUACAAGGACCCGCAGAAGGAGAGCUCGCGCCUGCGCAAGCUGCGGGAGUACCGGCAGACGGGCGUGUGGCCGGGCAGGUCUCGGGCCGCGGCCGGCGGCGCCACCCAGCCCUGGGCGCUGGCCCAGGAGCGCAGGCUGGCGCAGAAGGCCAGGCGCAACAAGCGACGCACCGGCAAGCAGCGGCUCAAGGAGGCCGGGGCCCAGCCCCCCAGGAGGAAGAAGAAGCCCCGCACGCUCAGCAAGGACGAGAUGGAGGAGCUGGUGCGGGACGUGGCGCUCAUCAAGAAGCUCAAGAUGAAGAAGGUAACUCAAGAAGAAUUCGACUCUCAGUUUUUUGGUGACAUGAGUGACUGAAUAGCCAUUUGUUCCUGCAAUAAAUAACUUGAUAUUUUCAUACUAAUUGGUGUGUAAUGUCGUGCCUGUUACCUGUUUCCGUUGCUUGGUCGUUGGGAAGUUUGAGCUCACAGAGAGUUAGUUGAAUGUGUUGGUUGUAGAUGAGAAGUGGGCAUUGCAAAGAGGAGUGCCGCGGGUGUAGUUACUCAUGUCUCAUAGGCAGGAACGUCACUGAAGGACACACGACGAACACAAACAGGUGAACUGAUGAAGGACCUUCCAUGGCCGGCACUGUUGUAGCGUCCCAGAGCAGCUCGUUGAUUCUGAAGACACCGAGUGCUGACGCAGAAAGGGGAAAGAUUUUGGUAGAUAAUGAGCAAUGAUUUUUCUCUAACAUUGUGCUUGUUAUCAAAUUCUUAGUAUUUGAAGUGAAACUCCUUAACAGCCGGUAGGGUACAUGGAGCAAUGACUCAUUACCGGAUGAUGGAAGUGAGUAUAAGUAGCGGAAGUGACAGAUACUGCUCGAUAAAACGAGAUUUGAAAAGACUUUGUAGAGAAGUUGAACCAAGGAAUAUAGUAGAAUUUUGCAGGUUUUCCAUUGCCAUGUUUGUGACAUUGUUCAAGUGGAUUGUUGAACAUUUGGAAGUCAUUCUACUGUACAGCCAGUAACACGGAUGGCAGGAGUGUGUCUCAUGCAGUUGCGUGUACUUGGAGGUUGCUGUUAGCAACGAGCGACAGGAAGAAUAAUAAAGUAUGGCUCUGUGAAUGUUUUA